GGCAACAUUAGCAGCUACUAUUUACCAUAGCCAUUUAGCUGUAGCUAGUUUUACUUAACAGAUUUGUCACCAUUGCGGUUAUAAAGGCGACUAUUAAUUAGUGGAGUGUGGAGCUGUGGCUCGAACCAAGCCAGCAAUGUGUUUAAUAUUAUAAAAUUGAAUGUCAAACAGAGGUUGGAGUGAGUGAGGUAACGUUAGCCAGGUAGCACCGGUUGUCUCUGGACCUCUUCUUUAACCUGAACUUAGUUAACGUUAUCUUCAACCAAUUCCCUUUUAUUGAACAAAACCAACAAGUCUAUUAACCAGGCGGCUUGCUGCUUUAUAUUUUAAGAUGGACAAGUUUGUAGUGCGGCUUCCCAAAGGGGAAACACCUAAAAAAGCGAAAAGCAACGACAAGGUUUACAAACAAGCUACAAUUGAAUCUUUACGGAGGGUGGUUGUGAUUGAGGACAUUAUGCGGUACAAGUCCAUCUUAGAGCUUCCAGAGCAGAGCAAGGACAACCUGCUGACUGCCCUGACAGACCUGAGCAAGAAGAUCCCAUCCAGGGAGGUGCUCAAGUCCACAAAAAUAGGUCACACUGUCAACAAAAUGCGAAAGCAUCUGGACCCUGAGGUGAGUUCAAUGGCAACAAAGGUUUACACUGACUGGAGGACGUUUAUCGAGGAGAAUUCCAAUAAGCCGUCCAUUGAAGUGCGUGCCGACAAACAAUCUGAAGGACUCAGGAGCAACGCUAGAAGACUAAUGUCUGAAGCCCUGGAGGUCAAGGAGGAUUCUGGUCUUAUAGACAACAUUGAGAGAGAAGUGUUUCACCAGAGCUCCCGAUUAGUCAGCAGCUCAUACAGACGGACUGUUAGAGCACUGGUGUUUGCCUUCAAACACAACCCUGAGAUCAGAACUCAAGUGAAGGACAGCACAAUAUCAGUAAACCAGCUGGUUUCUAAAUACAAGAAAUAGAAAAAGAAGAAGCAGAAGACGAUGAACUGAUAAACAAUUAGGCUGAGCCUGUGACUGCAUAUUUAAGACUUCUGGUUGUUUUACUUGAAAUGUGUUAAGGUUUUUUGAUGCAUACACAUUUUCUUUGUAACUUUUUUAUUAUUUUAUUGAUUUUCUGUAAAGGAGAUAUAAAAUACUUUUACACUUUGUGGCACAUAAGCAGCCUAACACUGUUUUUAAAAAACAUGUCAAUCACAAGAGUAUGUCAUUUAUUGUUGGUGGUGAUGAUAAUGCCAUUCCUUUGUACUGGAAUCAUGAUGUUUAUUGAUUGUGGGUCUUUUUUUUAUACUGUUUGUGAAAUUUUUUAUACAAAAUAUUGGAAAUAUGACAA